UUCUUUGACACCUCAAGAUGAAAGCCUAUAUAUCCAAAGAAACAAAACCUUCCUCCUGAAUACCAACAUGUUUUAGUCGGCCUUCUCGCCGAAUCCCAAAAAUUCAUUCGCGAAUCUGAAAGGAAUCCUUUCUGUGUAAGUUUACGUGAUGUACGUCGAUGUAUACUUCUAGUCGAAUGGUUUAUGGAUGUUAUUAAGAAAAGAGCGGAUGUAACGAAAGGUAAAAAUGAAGAUGAGUUGCAGAAACAUCUUGCGAAAUAUCGGGAACUGGCUCUGGAAUUUGACAACAAACCUGUUGUUAAAAGUGUUAUUCUUGCACUAGCUCAUUGCUACUUAUCACGACUUGAAACUGAUGAAUUAAGGAGUUCCUAUCAAUCACGCAUGGUAAAAGUGUUUCCAUCCACAACUCCCAUAAGUGAAGAGGUUUUUUCAGCCAUCGUUCGUAUGGAGCAAGAAGAUUACCUCGAUCGAAUGGAACUACCUCUCGGGACAGCACGAAAUGCUGCUUUACGCGAAAAUGUCUUUGUCAUGCUCGUAUCCAUUCUUAAUCGAAUACCUGUUUUCGUGGUAGGAAAGCCAGGUUGCAGCAAAUCGUUAGCAAUCCAGAUCAUCAGGAGCAACCUUCGUGGUAAAGACUCUAAAGAUCCAUUCUUUAGAACGCUACCGCAACUCUACGUCGUUUCGUAUCAAGGUUCUGAAUCUUCCACGUCUGAAGGCAUAAGCAAGAUUUUUCAGAAAGCAUCAAAUUACAAGGAUCACAACAAAGAUGCGAAUGUUUUACCUGUGGUUCUCCUAGAUGAAGUCGGAUUGGCUGAGAAUUCCCCAAACAAUCCUCUCAAAGUUCUACAUAGUAUAUUAGAACCUGGAAAAGGAGAAUUACCGAACGUUGCAGUUGUUGGUAUUUCAAAUUGGGCAUUGGAUGCGGCUAAAAUGAACAGAGCCAUUCAUCUUUCAAGGCCAGAGCCCACUGUGAAAGAUCUCGAAGAAACAGCAAUCUCUCUUUAUCAAGCUGAUUUCAAAUUGCAAGAAAUAGAUGCGUCCACUAGGAAUGUCUUGAAUUGCCUUGCUAAUGCCUAUCAUGAAUACCAGUCCAAACAAGGACAUGCCAAUUUCCAUGGUCUCCGCGACUAUUACUCUCUCGUUAAAAGUCUCCAUGCUGACAGUUGUAAUGACAUGAAUAAAAUUAACGUUGCUUUGCAAAGGAAUUUCGGAGGCAUCCCAGUCGAAUCCAGCAAUGUGCAGGAGAGUUUUAUUGACAAAUUGAAAUCGCACGUGCCCACAAGCGGGAAAAAUGCCAGUAUCCCUGUCACUACGCUCAUUCAAGAGAACUUAGAUGACUUAAAAGCUCGACAUUUGAUGCUUAUAACAAAUGGGGACUCAGCUAUUGGAAUACUGAAACAAAAUUUGUCACCGUCAGAAAAGGAGACCAUCACCAUCUUUGGUAGCCGUUUUGAAGAAGAUAUAUCUGAUGACUACAAUUACAGAAUGCUAAGUCGCAUCAUCCUUUGCAUGGAACGUGACUGUGUCCUUAUCCUUCGUGAUCUUGAAUGUAUAUAUGGAAGUUUGUACGACAUGUUAAACCAAAAUUAUGCUGUGGUUGGCAAAAGAAAGAACUGCCGAGUAGCUCUAGGUGCCAACAGCAACCCCAUGUGCUAUGUAAACGACGGUUUUCGUUGCAUUGUCCUUGUUGAUUACGAUAAAGUCAAUUACUCAGAUCCGCCAUUUCUCAACAGAUUCGAGAAACAGUUACUUCGUUUUUCUGACGUGUUGAGUGGAAGACAACAACAAAUUAUCAUAGAGCUACAAUCGUGGGUUUCCCAAAUGUCAAGCGUUGAAGAUUUGGACAAGCAGUUUAAAGAAUCUGAUAUGUUCAUGGGUUUUAAUAAAGAUACGCUUCCAUCUCUGGUGUUGUUACAUAGCAACGAUACAGACGAAACAAAUGCAGUGAUUGUAAAGAAAUGCAAACACGAUCUUAUGUGGAUUGCAACGCCUGAUGGAGUUCUGCGCACGCAGAAAUGUGAACGUUUAAAAGAAAACUCACGAGAAGUGAAUAUGCUUGCCAAUGGAUACUUUGAGAAACCAAUUCAUAACGGACUGGCAUCUUUUAUUACGUUUGUUGUUAAUGAUCAAGAGUUUGCUUACUCAUCUGGAGGCGAAGUUGGUUCCAAAACCAUCGUAAUGACGUACGCCACUGUUCAUACAGACAUAACUCAAUGUCUUGACGGUACCACCAUAGGGUAUCAGCUGGAACGACUUGGCGCUUAUAAUGCCGAGAAGCAACUGGAAGACAGGAUUCACAAUUUCUUUUUCUCUUCGGACAAGGAGUUGCUAAUUUUUCAAUGUAAACCUGAGUUUGAUGGAGAACACAUGCUUCUUGCCCGUUCAAUCAUCGAAGAUAAAAGAAAUUCCUAUGAGCUGAAGACCUAUCAAGAGCUACAUUCAACAAAGCAAAGAAAACACGUUUGCAUUCUGGUGCAUGUACGCCGAGGAAGGGAUAUUAGCACUAUACAUUGGCAAUUCAAUCAUCUUUGUGGUUGGAAACAAGUUUUUCUGGAUGUUAUCGAAGAACCGCCUGUUGCGAUAAAUGACAUUCGCUCUGAAUCCAUCGACUGGCUUCUUACAUCGUCAAAUUGGUCGUUUGGAAAUUUUUCUAAAGAUUCCAAAUGUCUGCUGUGGUGUUUCAAGUGCAUUAAGUACAUCAAACAACAGAGACCUUUAGAAGAAAUGCUGGUUAUUACCAAACGUCUUUUCGAAUCUGAAAAAGUGUUCAAAACCAUCCAGAAUAUUGUUAAGAAGUAUGUGUAUGCAAUUACAGCGGAAGAAAACGAUGAAUCCUGGCCUGUGAAAGUUGCCUGCGAUAAAGAAAGCCUGAUCAACUCCUCUACUUUUUCAUCUGCAAUUGAAUACUAUCUCUGUCGCUUAGUUCGUGAUCCACUAGCUAAGAUAAUUUACUUCUUAGAACGAGAAAAUGCCUGGCCAACUCGCCUCUUACUAUCCGAUGAAAAUGCUCUUCGUAAGUACGAGGAUGUUUGGUGCGAGCUUAUAUCGGACGAAACCAUUCUUGGCCUUUGCAAAAUUCCUGCGCCACUAGGAACCGAUUCGUAUUUUGUUGAUGGCACUCGUCUUGAGCUUAGCGUGCCAUUUAGUCAAGUAAUUAUUCGAAAAGUAAAUGUCGCCAAGGAACAGGUCUUAAAAGAGUAUCAGUUAUACAUGGAAGAAAAUGAAGGAGAACACAAUCCGGUAUCGCACGACAAACAAAUGGAACACUAUACAGAAAUUGUCAAACGUAUCGCUCCCGAUAUUCUAAAGCUUCCUGAAUGGUGUCUUAAUUCGUAUUCAGACGACUUUCUUGAUGUAACCUUAGCUUCAUUCAGUGGUAAGAUGAAACGUCAGCGAAGAAUAUCAAUUGGGAAAUGCGCGUUGUUAUCAUUUGCUAGCGGAGAUAAUUUAUCCAUGGAAAAUCCUCUCCAUCUUUGUAUCCAAUUUCAUUUGCUCAUGUGGAAUUUUGGACAACACAUAAUUGAUCAAAUUCGAAUGAUCAAUUCAUGUGAGCAAUUCAUGGAUCCAUCAGUCGUAGACAAAUUACUACAAGACAGCCAAUCGGCGAGUGAUUUGAGUCCAAUACACAUACCUAGUUUCAAUAGGAACGACAACAGUAUUUCGACGGACGAAGCUGGCAUGAAAAUAGACGAAGGCGAGCCGUCAGAAAAUGUUAUACCUUCUCUAAAGCGAAAGAGUGAACAGUUUCAACAACCCCAACAUGACUCACCAAGAAAAAAAGGCAAAUGUGAAGUGAGGCCAAAAUCAGAUACAACGUAUACCCAAUCAUAUAGUUUAAAGAGUAACAUUGACGAACCAGAUUCUGAGGAUGACUUCGGAAAAAGUAGAAAAUACAGCGACAAGGAUAAAAACGAAAGUGAAAGCAGUAAUAGCGACACAAGUAAUGACGAAGAAAGCAGUAGUGAUACCAAUGACAGCGAAUCCAGUGACACCAGCGACGACGAAUCUGGCAAUAACUUACCAAUUAGUGAAAUUCAUGUUUCCGAAGAGUGCUUUGAAGAUAUUCUCGUAACAAAACUCUGCGAGGAAAUGUUCCCUUCAAAAUUGAAUGUCGAAAGACAUGGCGGACUGGAAUCCUGGAUUCGAAAUUCUUCGCUGUUGUUGUCGCUGGCAUUCAAAGUGAGCAAUCAGACUCCCGCAUUCCAUUUUCUACGUUUAUGUGUUGACUACGCCAAAAUGGUCGUACAAACAAAUGAGAUACGCGAAGAUUACCUUUACAUUCUGGACGAAAUUGCACGGGAACUUAAACCUGAAUAUCUGGACAAGGAUGGUUCGCUCGAGAAAUUGAAACAAAAGUUAGUUGACCCCUUAACAAAACAAUUAGAGCACGGAGAACAAAAAUAUGUUACAAUACAGAAAUUUUUGGCUAAGUUUUACAGUCGUUUCAUAGAUACAUACAAGGACGCUAAAUCAGGUGUCCCAAUUGUGGAGAAUGUGUUAUCCAUGGACAGAGACGAUUUGCUGUUGCUUAUGAAACCGGUCAUGGAUAGUUUGCUCAGUGCUUGCCAAACGGAAUCAAAAGGAAUAUUUGUCGAUAUCAUCAUCGAUCCGAAUGCUAUUAACAAUUAUCCCAUUUUGAAAGGCAUUGACCAAGUCUUUCGAAAACGAUUUUCAGAAGGUUGUAUUCAUCACGAUUCCUAUCCUGCUGUUUUGAUUUGUGAUAUAAUUUUUUCUAUUCUUUUGUUUGACGAAAGUUGUAUUAUCGAAAAGCUUACGGAUGCUGAAUGCGAACUGCUCAAAUGUCUCCGUUGUGCUACCAAAGUCUUAAAUGGAGGUGACGAUAACAUUGGCCUAGUCCUUCUUUCAUCCGUCGCGUUUCUCCGAGUCUUCUAUACAAAGUUAUCAAAACAAAUAUAUCAGAAUAGAAGAAAUACUCCUGUUAUGAGCGAGAUCAGAUCUCUCUUGGCAGACGGUGGGGCAAGAAGAUCAUCGCUUCAAAUAUUCUUCUUGAAACAACUUUAUGGUGCCGGUGACCUUCGCAGGUUAUGUUGUGAUGGUGAUAAACUCCCAGCUGUGUUUAAAAAACCAAUUGAGCAAUGCAACAAAGUCGAACUUGUCUCAGUCUACAGACUACGGGAAUACAAAGAAGUAAAAGAUGCUUAUUGGCAACUCACUCAGAAGGACGAGCGCGACAUGCUUACCAUCCUGACAAAAUGUCAAAAUUCUGCAAACCAUCGGCUUGCUUUGUUGGGACUCCUGAUAAACAUGUUUUACGUAAAGAAAGCGGAUGGUAAUCUUAGUGACAAGGAAGAACGUUUGGCAGAGUGGUUCUCUGACAAGUCCAAAGACUUUCCGUCUCCUCUGAAUGAACUUCUUCUGAGAAUACUUGGUCGUGAAAACUUCAAUCAUAGUGGCUUACUAAUUUCUGUUGAAUCAUCAAGAGAUGAGAUUGACACGGCAUUGUUGAUACUUCAUGUCUCAUGUGUUGUAGCAAGUCGUGUUGAAGGCGAGAUCUCUCCGCUCUUCCAAUAUUACUCUAAUCCAGAGAAAUGUCAUGGUACCUGCAUUCUCGCGCAUGGUGAAAACAGAAAGCGUCGAGUGUUCGAUCAAUUUACAUUAUGCAAUGAAUCUUCACCUGCAACUUGUUCUUGCGACCUACGAAUUAAACACAAGGACCAUCAAGUGCAAAACACAUGCCCAUACUGUGGGACAGAGACUGCGAGAACUGACUGUGAGGCACCUUCAUCCCAAACAAUCAAGAUUUCCUGCCUGGAGACAAAGUCCAAAAAGUGGGAAGAAUGUACCGAAAAUAUGGAUGCCUCUGUGUAUCGCGCAUUACAUUUGAUCGUUUAUGCUUGCCUUUACGCUGGAGUUGCCACCAGAAUUUCGUCAAAUGAAGCUGUAUCGACGCUAUUAUGUCUAGAUAAACAAGGAUCCAACUCUGGAAGGACAGGUGAAAAUUCAGCAGAUUUUUGCUUCAAAAGUAUCAAAGAUGACUUACAGUGCUUGAUGACUAUCCUCUCGUGCAAGUCUCGUCCUGCCGUGGAUGUCAUGCAUCUUGUGGUUGAAGAAUGUACAGAGCUUAUUCAAGGCAAGACCUUCACCAAAGAUACUAUCUCAACACAAAAAGAAUGUUUAGAGUGGGAAAACAAAUUUAAUAUUAUUGCAAAAGAUGUUCUGCCUAAUGCUCUUGGAUCUGUAAGACCUCUAAAACAACUACGAAUAGAGAUCGACGAAAGUUCAUUUAUUGAAAACCAGAUACAUGAACUUGAUGAAUAUCCGCCUGUGCUUGACCAACAAGAUGCAGAAUUGAAAAGGUUGUUUCGCGUAACAAAACAACCAUCCUUCACGGAAUUACGAUCCAUAUUUCUCAACUUCCCCAAAGAUUUUCAAGAGCAACAUGGUGUCCUGGCAGCAUUGUUUUCAAAGUUUGAUGAGCUACCUUAUCUUGCUCGUUUAUAUCCACUUCUACGAUGGAGUCGUUUAGUCUCGUCAACGUUGACUCACCGCAUUAGUAGAAAGGAAGCACGAUCCACGCUCAUAAAUGAUUUUAUCGAUGGUCAACGUACGCAGGAAUCGAGAAGUAACGAAGAGCGGGAUGAACUCAGAAAAUUAUUUGACGACUUCAAAGAUGCUUGGGAGACAAUGCGAGAAUUUGUCAAUCAGAAUCCUAACGAGGAUGAGAUGCCAUAUUUAACGGAAAACUGUCAUAUAGGGUAUUGUCUGACAGAAGGUGACUUAAGCAUCUACCUGCGAACGGCAAUCAAGAUUCUUCAAUCAAUUCAGAACAACAUUUUGGACGAGAUGAUCCUCACAUCAAUACGCACUCGACAUCCUGCUCUUAGUUUCCUUGAAAAGAAUGAAACCUGUUGCGCCAUUAUGUCCGUUUCUCUUCAAGAAGCAAAGGAGAAAGAUAUCAUCAACUUCGAUUGGUCAGACGAGUUCCUGAGGUAUGUACAAAAGCUCGAGUACCGACUUGGAGAGAAAAUCGAUUAUGAUUUUGAACGAAUGGAAAUAGAACUGGCGAAUGAGAUUGCGUUUGGAAAAUGCUACCUUACAGAUUCUUUGAACACUUUCAUAUUCUCCAAGGAACUUUUCCAUUCUAGCGCCAAAAUGCUUACGAAGAUUCGUGAAUUAUAUCCUCAAGAACAGUCAUUGCCAGACGAGAUUCGCCAAGGGAUAAAAAGUUUAGAAGAACGCAGAUUCCAAGAUGCUCAGAAUCUGCUUCAGCAUAUCGAGGUUGUCAUAUUUGUGCUAAAUACGCAGUCAUUUCCAAUCAGAGACGACAGAGUUCAAGAGAUGACGUUGGUAGAAUUUGCUGAUAAAUGGAAGUCAAAGAUCCCUAGUCCUUUCCCAACUGAUCUGCUUCCAGAACCCAAAGCCUCCAUACGACUUACCCAUAUUACUGCUCUCUAUGAAGCAUUGGAAGACUUACUUGCUGAUGGAACAAUUAAAGGACUGCGAAAACAGUUCCAAGCAAGAUUAACAGAAGAAAGAAAGGAAACUCUGAAUCGUUUGGUAGAUAGCAGAAACGGAUCUUUAAAACUCAAGCAAUUCCUGACAGCAUCGCGACGUUUCGUUUUCCGUUAUCUCUCGGCAGAAAAAUUCCUUCCAGAACCACAUACACCAUUGCGUUUUUGCUUGAGCGAACCUUCAUUGUGGUAUCCUGAAGAAGCUCCAGAUCCGAAUGUUAUUCCUAUAGAGAUGACGCUGGCGAAUAUUCAUGCUGUUAUAGCACAUCUUGAUCAGGUACGUUUGUUUCCAACGUCGAAAUUUGCAUGUGCCAAAUUCCAUUGUUUGAAUUAUGCCCGUAGAACAAUUAUUUCGACGUCUCAGACAGUUAAGUUCGUCGUUUUUAUUUUCAGGAAACAAAAAGUCAUUCAAGUGUCGGGGAUAGAACGUCCAAUUACAAGAGAUUAUCUAAAAAGUCGAAACGGAAAGCCGUAUCCCGUUCUUAGUUGUAGGACAAAAUUUGAUACUGUGCACGUUGUUUUACAUUAUUACUAUCAUUAUAUUAUAACUUUUAGGUUUUAGAUUACAACCCCCGUUUACACUUCAGCAAAAAAUUCCAGAUUCACUAAAAAGUUUCCGGUAUACGAGCCGUUAUCUGGAUGAAUAUCAACCGUAAACUUUCUAUAUAUCCUUAGUGCUUGGAUAAAUACUAAGCAAGUGUUAAUAAAUUAUUAAACAAACGCUGAAAAAGGAUAUAAAGUAUAAACAGAACAAGUAAAAAGCUACUUUGUCGCACGAAUUUAAACCGAGAUAGAUUGGUUAUGCCCUUAUCUGCGUUAGCAUUCUGAAAGGUUACUACAAAAUACUUUGAGAACAACGCAAGAAACAUGGUUGCCGAUUUGUGUAGAUGGCCCUAUUAGGGGCGUUUUUCGAUAUAUGCACCACAACCCUACUCUAAACCGAAACCUAAUAUUAAUUUAUACAUAAUAUUUUGCAUGGUAAAUUAUUAUUAAAGGGAUUGGCAACAAAAAAUUGUAUUGCUUCAUUUGAAAGAGCAUGGAAAAAUAAGCCGAUUGGCCAUUUAAUGCUCUAUUCUAUCUCAUCUAGUUCCGAAGUUAUACGCAAAAAUGUGCAAAAUAUAAGUUGCUGAUUCAGCACAACGUGUGACGUCAUUGGUUGGGUAAUUAUGUUUAAUGAAUACUAAACUGAAGCAUAGCUCAGUUAUUAUGGACCCAAAUCAAAUUAAAUUUUGCAUACCGAUUGUACAUGUUGAGACGCAUUGAAAAACACUUCCAAUUUUGUUGCCAAGGUAACAAUUUCGUUCCCAGGCCCCUUGCGCCAAUUUUAUAAAACAGCUUUUUUCAUGGUACUUAUAAGAAUAAAGUAAUAUCAGAAGUAUGUGUACCAUACCUAUGCAUGCCAAAAGUUUACUUGCAUAAUAAUAAUUUGAAAAUGACAUACACAUAGAUAAAUGCAACUAGUUAUUCAAAAUCAGUGUAAGGGGCCUGGGAACAACUGUGUUGCCUUGACAACAAAAUUAGAAGUAUUUUCCCAUGCAUCUCAUCAUGUACUAUCUGUAUGCAAAAUUUCAUUUGAUUUGAGCGAAUAAUAACUGAGCUAUGCUUCAGUUUACUAUUCAAUAAACAUACUUACCCAACCAAUGACGUCACACGUUGUGCUGAAUCAGCAAUUAAUAUUUUGCACAUUUUUGCGCAUAACUUCGGAACCAGAUGAGAUAGAAUAGAGCAGUAAACGGCCAAUCGGCUUA